GCGACGAGCUGGGGGUUGUUAUUUGGGGGUUUCAGUGCCAUCGGACGGCCGAUUAGUCUUCAAAUUCCGGCGAAUCGACAGAGAAGAUAACCAACAAGCACUAACUUCCUUCUGUAAUUCCGAUUGCUGCUCUAGCUAAUACAUCAUGAAACGAACGAUGCCAUGGAAUGAUGAUGAUAGCGAUUCUUCGUCUGAUGAGUCUUCAAGUGGUGAUACGGAUGCUUCUGAUAAUGAUCAAGUUCCGAAGAACAAAAAAAUCAGAUCCGGUGGAUCAUCCAAAACAAAAGUUGAAUCCGCAAAGCGGAAGAGUAAAGGCAUUGACUUUGAAGCUUUGAGUCAACACGGCUAUAAAGGUGGACUAUCCGUCCUGAAAGUCCCUCCACCGAAAGAAGACGACCGCAACCGCGAUUGGUCAUGGUCAACGGGCAAAGACAGCCGUGCAGCCAACGAGACUGAAGAGAGUUACCAAGAACGGCAAAAAACUCGAGCCACGUUACUCGAAGGCGAGCAGUUGGUAAAUGUGCAAACACAAAAAGAGAAAAACCUUUCUUUCUCACAAAAGGAGAAGAGGAAAAGGGAUAUUGGGCAAGCUAGUAGGGGGAAAAGCUAUGUUGAAGAAGAGAAGAGAUUGUUGAGAGAAAAUGGCAUUUAUUCGGGUUUUGAUUCCUGAUCUUUAUCCGACAACCCUGACUGGCUCCACGUGGAACCCGUCUCCUAGGAUCAGAUGUGAGGAGGCAUUUCAAAGCUGACUUGAACUCGAUUGGUUUUGAUUCUUGAAUUGGUUUUGAUUCUUGAAUCUUUAAAAUUUGAGUUUAUGGUAGAAAAUGAGAAGCAACAUGAAAUGUGUUAUAAGGUGUGUGCAUCUUGGACUUGUACCUUUGGUAUUUGUACUUGUAUGUUUUGAACUUGUGAAAAAGAAUUAUUGCAUAAAUGAGCAUGUUGAGAUGGA